UGAAAUUCUCUAAUUAAGCAGUAGCAGGGUUUUAGCAGUACAACAGUUUAGUCUCAUCGUCUUCGCAAACCAAUAAAUAUAUUCAUUUCAUUUCACAACUUCAGUUGUUGUGGUGCUGCUGCAUUCUGAGGAUGACUGUGUCUGGACUAAUGGGUAGUCCUUCAAGGUGUUGUCUCCGGAUACCUGUAAAUGGCCCGGUGUCAUUUCGCAGGCGAGUUUGCGGUUUUCCUUGUGCUGGAGAACUUAAUGAAAGGAUAAACUGUCUUAGUAUCAAGAGAUGUAAUGUAAAGAAAACUGGCUUUAUCAAGUGUGCAAUGGAUGCUUCCUAUGGUGGUGAUAUGACAAAUGACCAACCUGAUAUCUUUCCUAGAAUUCAUGUAAGGGACCCCUACAAACGGCUCGGGAUUAGCAAGGAGGCAUCUGAAGGUGAAAUACAAGGUGCAAGAAACUUCCUUGUAAAUAAAUAUGCUGGGCACAAACCAAGUUUGGACGCAAUUGAGUCUGCCCAUGACAAAAUUAUCAUGCAGCAGUUUUAUGAUAGGAAGAACCCAAAGAUUGACAUUGGGAAAAAGGUUAGGAAGUUAAAGCAGUCCCGUGUUGUGCAGGCUGUCACAAGCAGGUUUCAAACUCCAUCCACACGUGUCAUCAUAAAAACAGCAAUUGCAUUUCUAGCACUCGGAGUUCUCACGAUUCUAUUUCCAACUGAAGAAGGGCCUACGCUUCAGGUAGCCAUUUCCUUGAUGGCUACAAUAUAUUUUAUACAUGACCGGCUGAAGAGUAAACUCUGGGCUGUGCUUUAUAGUGCUGGAGCUUUUAUAUUCUCAUGGCUGUUAGGAACCUUCUUGAUGGUAGCAGUGAUUCCACCAAUUCCGGUUAUUAAAGGACUAAGGAGUUUUGAGGUUACUACUUCACUGAUAACUUAUGUGCUAUUGUGGGUUUCAUCUACCUAUUUGAAAUAGUACCAUCUUUCUCAUAGACCUCAAAUUUCCUGCGAUUGAUUAGUGGUUCAUCGAUCUCAUCUUUUCAUUUUAAGCUCUACCAUGUUCUUAACUGUAGUUUGAUAUUUACAGCGCGGUAACAUUUUUGUCCCCGAGCCACCCGUUAGGAAGAAAAGGUUUGUGGAUUUGUACUUUUUGAGAAAGAAUGUAAAAUUUAGAUGUAACUAAUGGGGUGAGUUGAUAUAAUUGUUUUAUGGUUUCUUGCA